AUGAGAAGUUAUAAGAAAAGAAGUAUUAUUACUGGAAUAUUAUGGAUAAUAGUGAACAAAGUUAUAUGUACAGGAAUACCAUAUAAAGAAGAAAAUCAAAACAGAGAUAUAAAGAUCCGCAAAGUGGCAUGCAAUUUGCCAUUAAUAUCUAGAGAGACAGCCUCUGAAGUAUUAGAUACUGCAAGCACAAGCAAAGAGCGUAUAGCUGAAAAUCAACUAUAUAUAAAUAAUAUGCCGCCAGAUAAAAAUAACCAGCCUAUUUUAUACGAUGAAUCAGAAUCAAGUAAUAUGGCAAUUUUAGACGUAUCUAAAAGUCAUACAAAUCAGAAUUGUAAUAAUAACUAUAUUAUACUGUGGUUAAAUAAUACUCAAAAUAAGAAGUAUAAGAACAAAGAAAAUAAAAGAACAAUUAAUACAAACAAAAAUAGACAUAGUACAGAUGUAGGAACAAAUUCAGAUAAUAUACUACCAUUGAAUAACAGUCCUAGCCCCAUACAGUCUAGCAGUAGCCAUGCUAAUUCUAAUGUAUCUGAUAUUUUUAAUAUUAGAAGAAAUUAUACUAUACGGAAUUAUACUAAAUAUGCAGGAAAAAAAAUAAUUUAA